AUGCAGCUAAGAAGAGCUCCUGCAGCAAUACUGGAGCGAACUAGCAGCAAGGUAUGCCACUGUGUAUCUUCAUUUGCCAUUGUUCCUCUACUUCAAGACGGGAAGAAGAUCCGUCUCUCAGUGGAGGGUGAGCCUGAGAGAAGGUAUCAUGGUGUCUGGCUGAGACACAACUGUAGAUGUCCAAAGUGUCUCGUUGUGUCUUCUAAUCAAAAUAUUGUCCAUCAUAGUAAACUGGUGGACUUAAGUAUCAAGGAGGCUUCUGUUGAUGAUGGGUCUGUUCAUGUGAAGUGGGAUUCAGCUAAAGGCCCUCACUCUUGUUCGUUUGAUGUGAAGUGGUUGAAGGAAUUUGAUUACUCUUUUCCAAAUGCUUUUGAUAAGAAGAAUGAAAGCUCAAAGCCAAUUGUAACAGACACUCUACCAACUAUUGACUGUACUGACAUGAUGUCAAGUGAUGAAGGAUUGUAUGAGUGGCUUAAACAAAUGAAUUUUUAUGGAGCGUCACUGUUGCAAAAUAUACCGGAUCACAUUGAUAUUGAGCAGAUAAUAAAGAAGAUUGGUAAUCCACAAGAGCAUGUAUAUCAACUUAUAUUUGAUGUAAUAGCAGUACCUAAUAGUGUUGAUGCUGCUUAUACUGCAAAUGAUCUUAAUUGGCAUAUCGAUCAAGAUUUCUUUGAGUCACCGCCAGGAGUACAAAUUCUUCAUUGCUUAAGGUUUGACAAUUGUGUUUCGGGUGGCGAGACACUUUUGGUUGAUCUUUAUAAUACUGCACAGAAGUUGAGAUCCAAGUAUCCUCAUCACUUUAAGGCGCUGAGUGAAAUACCAUACAGUGUUCAAAGGAUACAUGAAACCCUUGAAACGGAAAACCCUGUCUCCUUCCUUAUGCGCAGACCGCACAUAACUUUAGACAACUCUGGAGAAAUAAUAUCACUGAACUUUUGCCCACAUCAUCAUGGACCACUGCAAGCCACUGAGGAUAAGAUUGAAGAGUAUUACGAAGCAUUCAUUGCUUUCUCAGCCAUGCUUGAUGAAUCACCUACUAAGUUGGCUCACAGAUUGAGACCAGGUGAAGCUCUUUGUUUUAAUAACAGAAGAAUGGCUCACUCUAGGAACAACUUUAUAUUGAAUGGAGGAGAGAGACAUUUAAAAGGAGGAUAUGUCAAUAUUGAUUUCUUCAGGAGCAAAUUUCAGCUACUGGCCAAUAAACUAGGAACUGGCGAAAUCUCAAAGAAUGUUUUUAACUCAAGCUGGGUUACUCAUUAACAAUACCCCAGUAUUAAUCACUUGUUUACUCAUUAACUAAUACCCCAGUAUUAAUCAUUCGUUUACACAUUAACUAAUACCCCCCUGCCAGUAUUAAUCACUCAUUAUUUGUUACUGUUUUAGAAUAAUCAAUUUUUCAUUGAAUAAA